AUGAAUAACACCAGGCACCAGUCCCUGUUCUUUGUCAGUCUGCCCGAGCUGCAAAAAUUCUGUGCCGCUACAAUGACACUGAGCCCUCAGAUACCAGAAACUGAGAUAAGGAAUACACAGAUAAAGAUCUGCAGACAGUUAUUAUUCCUGUAUCCAGAGAUCCUUUCUGCGCCUGUUAUUGGAACACUGAACCAAAUUUCAGUUGUGAUGGCGAUCCCAUUUUACAAAUCAGGAAUAUGUCAAGCCUAUGUAGAGAGACAAGGAGCUACUCUGGAAGCACCACAAACAGUUACUCCAGCCAUUCUUCAAACCUGUCUCUCCUACACUCUUACAGCCAGACUUGCACCCAGAUGGAACAAGGCUGGUCAUCUCCUGGUGCAAGGAAAAGACUUUUUGUCCCAUUCAGGAAGGCAAAAUGCUGUUGUUCUAGACCUCAAUGUGUCAGACAGACAGCUUUGCAUCAGUGUGGAGCCCUGCUCAGUUCGCUCACCACCCCCUGAGCUGGGAGAUUUUGAUAUUUCAGCAAACACCUUAAAGGUGUUUAACAGCAAUGAAAAUGCAGUCAUUCACCAGCAUUCCAUAUUGAGUAACUGGUGCUAUGUUUUGCCAAGCAUGAAAAUGGGUCAGAUUAUAAGCAUCAGCCACGUAAUUCCUCCAGAAUCUCCUUUUCGUUCAUAUAAAGAAUUUCAGAUGCACUGGAAGAGUUUGUAUGGAUACAUUCUUCCUGAAGAUCCUGAAGAAACGAAAAUAUACCUGAGUGUUUACUUCAAACCAAUAGGAGAAAGGUUCUUCACGUACCCUUUAAAUUGCAUUCGAAGUCAGCCUGUGCAGUAUUGGCCUAGAACAGAUUCAGAAAGUGUGGUGAACUCUUUCCUUUCUGACAUGAAGCACAAUCUUUCUCAUCUGUGUGGAUUCCCAGUAAAGAUGACAAGUAAAGCACUUUAUGCUACACAGGAACUCUCGAGGGCUCCGGUGCGUGAAAUAAAAUCCAAGCAUAUGAAAUUUGGUGGUGAGACGGUUUGUGCAGGCUCCCUAACGCAGGCUCCUCCAAGGAAACCGGCUUUGCCCAGAAUUCCUUCACCAUGCAGUAUGGAAAACAGCCACUGGAUGGAGCGUUUGAUCAAAGAGCCGGGAACACGCACUUGUUCGAGUAGCAGUGAGAGUACAAGAGAGGUCAGCGUUGAAGCAACAGAGCAACCAAUGAGUAAUAAGCAAAUGCCAGGAGUACCGGAGUUACCAGUUGCGAAAUCUUCAGGGAUACCUGUAAAUUCAGCCUUUGGACUCCCCGCCCCCAAAAAAGCAUGCAAAUUUAUACCAAUCUUCAAAGGAAAGUUGAUGAAAAUUAAUGGAAUCACAAAUCAGACGGAUGGGAAGAAAAGAGAAAAUGCUGGAAGACACACACCAAUAAAAAUUAGAGGUGUUCCAUCUUUUAUGCUGGCUGUGCACAAGUCCAGCACAACUCAGGUUUGCAAACCCCUUCCAAAUACACCACCUAAAAAUGCUGCUGACAGCAGUGCACUUCAGGUAAUGAACAUGAAAAUACAAGCAAAACGUGGUACACCCAUAUGUCAAUGGAAAACAGAGUCUGCUGGACAGAUGACUAAUUCUGAUUUUUCUGCUGACACAGCUUCAGGUGGGAAUUCAAGUGAAGUCAAUCACAAAAAGGCAAAAUCUCCCUUCCUUCUUAAGAGUGUUGGGCCAUUGCCUCAGAAAUCAAACACCAAUCUCAGUCUGAAUACAUAUGAAUCUCCUAUUUCCAGUGCAAGAAGGGGAAAAAAGUUUGCAAGCCAAAAUAGCAUGCAAGUUAGUGAGAAACAACACCAGUCAAAGGAAGUACAUCUGCAGAUUUGUAAAUUAGACAGUGAAAUGACAAAUUCCAGUUUGUCACAGCAACGAAGAAAGAGAUCAAAUGAAAGAGCAGGGUUAAAUAUUCAUGAACCUGUCUUCAAAGAUACAGCAUGUAUUGCCAAAAGUGAAGAAAAUAAAGCAGCAUGGCAUUCCAAGGACUAUGUCACUAAGACAACCAGUCAUCAUUCCAAAUCUGACUUUGAACAGAUGCUUAUAGGGAACAAGUAUCUUAUACAUGAAACACUGACCUCAAAACUGACAUUGUCAGUCAAGGACAGCAACGUGGAAGAAUCUACAAAGAAAGGCUAUGCCAGAAGAAGACAACGAGAAGAAGGUUAUUCAAAGUUGAAGAAAGCCAAAAGAAGCAAGCCUUCUAUUUAG